CGCCUCCCCCGCGGCGGGGCGGGGACCGGGGGGAGCCCCGCACGCCUACAAAGCCGAGCAGGGCCCGGACGGACCUGGGGAAAGGCAUGGAGGGAGCGGCGGGGCUGGGAGCCACCGUCUGUGCCGCCGCGGGGCUGCUGCUCUACCGCCUGGUGCGGAGGACGAAGCCAACACACGUGACAGUGAACUGCUGGUUCUGCAACCAGGACACAGUAGUGCCGUAUGGGAAUCGCAACUGCUGGGAUUGCCCCAACUGUGAGCAGUACAAUGGAUUCCAAGAGAAUGGAGACUACAACAAGCCCAUCCCUGCUCAGUACAUGGAACACCUCAACCAUGUCGUGUCAGGUGCCACAACUUUCUGUGAUCCUACCAAACCUCAACAGUGGGUGAGCAGCCAAAUUCUGCUUUGCAAGAAAUGCAACAACCAUCAAACCACGAAGAUCAAACAGCUGGCUUCAUUCUCACCAAGGGAGGAGGGCAAAUAUGAUGAGGAGAUUGAGGUGUAUAAGCACCAUCUGGAGCAGACCUACAAGCUGUGCCGUCCAUGUCAGGCUGCUGUGGAAUAUUACAUAAAACAUCAGAAUCGGCAGCUCCGGGCACAGCUGCUCAGCCACCAUUUCAAGCGCCGUGAGACAGACAAGAACUAUGCUCAGAGUUUAUACUCGUCCUCUUCGGCUUCAAUAACCACACCAGCUCAGGUGAUAUUUCUGCGGUUCUUGGCCUUUCUCAGCUGUGCAUUCCUGGUUCUGAUGGCCUUGUACGGAUCAGGAAACCCCUUCUCACUUAGCGCAGCAGUCCCUGCUCCCGUCUCUUCUGGUCCAGUGUGCAUUCAGAACAGGACUGGCACAACCUUGUGUGCAGGCUUGGAAAAUGACACUUCCAUGACAGUGGCAGGCUGGCGGGAGCUGCUCCGCCUGCUCCCAGAACAGAUGGUAGAGAACCUGAGCACCGCAUGGGCAUACGGGAAGAAUCACCAGAUGGCAGUCGCUGUCCUUGGGCUGUUCACCUGCCUGCUGGCCAUGUUCUUAGCUGGGCGGAUCAGGCUCCGGAGGAUUGAUGCGUUUGCUUCAGUCUUGUGGUUCGUAGUGAUGAGUCUGCAUUUAGCUGAGAGGUACCUGAAGACGGAAACACCGAACUGGCUAGACACAGCCAAAUUUGGCACCACAUCCUUGUGUUGUUUGGUGGGCUUCACCGCAGCAGUGGCCACGCGGAAAUCAACAGGCCAUCGGAGACACCGGCCCCGAAGGUUCCUUUCUGGGGAUUCGAUUGUUCUCUUUCCCAACGGCACUGGGACUGGCUUUUCUUCCUCUACUACGUCUCAUUUUGUCCCAUCACCGCCCAGUAUUCUCCUGUCAAACCAGCAGCUCUUCAGAUCCCCACGCAGAACUUCUUCUUCCUCUCUUCCUGGUCGUCUCAACAGGGCGCUCUCACUGGGCACCAUCCCCUCCUUGGCCAGAGCAGAUUCUGGCUACUUGUUCAGUGGAAGUCGACCAGCCUCGCUGUCAUCCCAGUCCAGGGAGUCACCUACAUCAGAGCACUUCCCCUUGCUGUCAGGCAGCUGUGCUCCAUCCCGCAUUCCCUCUCCGGCACCGUCGGUGGCUGGCUCUGUGACUUCCAGCUCAAGUUCCUUGCGGUACCGCCGGCCGCUCAUCAGCCCUGCCCGCCUGAACCUGAAAGGACAGAAGCUGCUGCUUUUCCCAUCUCAGAAUGAUGCUCUGCUCACCCCGACCAGCUCAGAGGAGCACACCCACUCAGACAGUAACAUCAUUGCCUCAGAGUUGUCCUCCUUUCCAAAGAACCAUCUCAGCGAGCGGGGAAUGCAUGAUAUGAGAUCUGCUGUGGAAGGCGGGAGUAUUUACAGCGAUAAUUCCAUGAAAAAGGAGGAUCACUCAUCCCACUCAUCUACCUGUGUGGUUGACACGACUACCAAAGGGGAAGAUUUGGUAGGCUGGAGAGGUCAUUUUGGUAACUACGCUCUUCGAGGUCUACUAGCAGUGAGUCUGACUCUCAAUGCGAUCUUCACAUCAGCCUAUGUCUACCGGAGCCUGCGUUAAUUUGUGCCAACCCUCCCUUUCUUUCUGGCUCCGCCUGCUUCUGAGGGGACGAGAGGACUUCAACUACAGCUUUAUGUCUAAUGGCUGUGCCACUGGUGCAUGCUGUUUUUAAAAAAACUACUGUAUGCUCAACUGUCAUGACAAGGAACCCAGGUAGCUGCUGCCAUCACUUCCAGGUAGAACAUAUCACGGGAUUGUCCCUGGAGGUGACAGAAAGAACUCCCAGAAAGCUCCAGUUCAAGGCAAGAGGCCAGUCAAACGGCCCAUGUGUUUUCUUUCAAAGGAACUGACUUGAGACACGAGCCUGAAGAUGUGUAAGCUAUGUUUUUAGGAACCUAUCCCGAAUUCUUCUUUCAGACAUAUUAACCUGAUGUUGACAGUCCUGGUAAAAUGAGGAGAAUUGGAACAAAUAAGCUGGAGAAGAGGGAUGGCUUAGUUGCUGGUGCUUGGCUUUGGCUACUGCAACAGCAUUCCCAGUAGUUCCUCUUCUCUCUUCCCUUUGGCUCACUCCUCUAAAUUAUCAGUGGAUUUUCUUCAGUUGCCUUAAGCUUGCCUAAGCGUUUGGGUGACCUUGGCUGCUCUGUCAUAUUCUUGCAUCUCACAUGUCCAUGUGCUUCCACCUGGGCUCUGCCCUGAGGCUGCUUUCCCCAGUUGCCAUUCAGGUCAUGCUGGUUGUCAGAAACUGCUGUCUGUGCAACAGCUGUAGGCACGCACAAAUCCUAGACAGACAUCCUGUUGUGGUUUGCAUUAGAAAGCAGAAGCCUGCGCUGUGCUUUACCUGGGAGGCAUUAAUUCUGUUACCGUUAUAUCUUUAAUAAGAAAGGAUCCCUGUGUGAUUUGCACCAUAGUUUAAAGGGCUUCAGCUCACAACUCUGACUGCUGGUAUUCUCACUGAAGCAGCAUCAUAGCUUGUUCUCGCUGUAAACCGCACAAAUCUGUUAGGAGAUACAUAAGGAACUAUCUUGAUUGUAUACAUUUAUCCAGAAACCCGACGCCUCAAUCUGAUACCAGGAUUUGCUAAGUAACCAUUUAAGAUAUUUCUUACUUAGUUAAAUGCCCAGGUGCUCUCGGUGAGAAAUGCCAAACCUGCUUCAGCCUUCUGGAUAGAUUCUUGUUUUCUAACCCAAAGGAAGAGAUCAUAGAAUCAUAGAAUGGUCUGGGUUGAAAGGCACCUGAAAGCCCAUCCAAUUCCAACCCCUCUGCAUAGGCAGGGACACCUCUCACCAGAUCAGGUUGCUCAAAGGCCCAUUGAACCUGGCCUUGAACACUUCUAGGGAUGGGGGAUAUCCAUGACUUCUCUGGGCAACCUGUUCUCAUGCCUGGGAACUUCUGAUUUUGUGUGAGUCUUCAGCAUUGCUUAGAAUUCAGGGGCCAUUUAGAAUCUUGUGCUGAAUGCUCAAAAUCAUUUAGUACAUCUUGGGGGGUGGGGAACCUUGAUCUUUAUGUUCUGCUUCUUAAAUCCCAAGUACAGAGAGAAGAUUUACCAGUGUGUCAAGGAUACCUGGUGAAAAGAGAGACGGCUGACAUUAGCUAUGUAUUUCCUGAAGCGGGACUGAUUCUAUUAAGAGUUUUUCUAUUGUCUCUACCUUUGGGCUCGUUUGCCUCAGACUUUUCUCGUUCUGCUCCCUCACCUCCCUGUCCUAUGUUUACAUCUUGAAUUACAAUGUUAUGCUUACUGCGUCCUUUCCUCCCUUUCAGUUAUGCUUCUGUUCCCUAUAUUGUGCUCUUGCAUAUGCGUAGAAACAAAACAUUGCGCUGCUGAUCGCUUCCUGCUCUGAACCCGAAACUCACACCUCAGAGUGGUGAUCACCAUUCCCUUUCACUUCAUUUUCCUUUCUUGCAUUUUAAUUGAGUUCCUACCACAGCCUCACUUAACGCAUCACGUGAGUGAUAGCCGAACUCCAAUCAGCAUGCUAUACGAUGGAUUAAAUGAGGCUUUAUUGAUGACGAUUCAAGCACUGAAAUAUUAGGUCUGUCUUUGUCUCUUCUGUUUCUUCCUGCGUUGUUUUAGCAGCCCAGUUCCAGCCGCUACUCCCCAUCCUCCUUUGUCAGCGAAGCCUGCUCUGCAUCUUACAGGCAGGGGACAGACCUCUGCCCACACGUGCUGAUCUGAGACUUGUGGAAUUGUCAUUCCUGACUUGGCAUCCCUCCCUCAGCCCCCUUUAGGGUGUUGGUAAAGGGCUGCAGAGCCAGCGUUUCAAAUACAAAGGCCUAGACCAGGACAGAGACUCGCAGCAGGAAGAUUGUGCUGCAGAUUGGCGAUUAAUUCUGCAGAUUGGCGAUUAAUUCUUUUGUAACUUGCAUGCAUUGUGACUUGUAGCCAAACCUGACCCAUAACCUCCUUCUUAAGAGAUUUGUAUCCCUUUUGUAGCCUUCUGCAGGCUCACUUGAGCAUGUGUGUAGGCCGCAUGCUAGCAGACCAGCUUACAAGCUUCCAUCUAGACCUCUGCUGUUUGAGUUGGAUGAUGUCCUGGUGCAGGGUGUGACAUCCCAUUCAUGGAUCCUUGUCCUGACUUCCAGCAUACCCAGGGGCCUCCUAUGCAGAGACAAGCCUGCCAGGGAAUACUGUGGGUUUGCUUGUCUUUAUUAUGCCUACAGAUGUGCACUGUGACUUCACGUAUACAAACUUCCUGCUUUCACCUCCCCAUCUGCACCGAGUUUCAUCGUCGCACUCACCCGGAGCCCAAGUUGGUCUCAGUCUCUACCAGAUUGCAAUACAAAUUUUCUCCUCCUCCCCAGCAACCAAGAAGCUGCAGCCUCUCAACACAUCUCUUUUGGCCCAUAUUCCAGAACAGGAACACUUUAACCUGUCGCUGCGCUUCUGAAUCUGCUCAAUGAAACUGUUCUUGGAACGAUGUUUGGUGACCUUGUCCAAAGCAAUAUAAAGACUUUGGAUUUUAUUGCGGAAGAGGGAAGACAACCAACAUUUCAUUCUGGUGCUAGAACACUCUCCAGUGGUGCUUUCACGGUUGUGAAGCCUUCACUUGAAAAGUACACACGAGUAUACGUGUGUGUGUGUGUGUAUGUGUGUGUGCAUGCAUAUGUAUAAAAACAUUGGGAGGGUUUCUUCAUUUCAACAGAUCUGAGCCCAUGUUUUUCUUUAUAUUGUUGGCCUUAAUCUAGCUCUGAGAUACUGUGUCUAUCUUGCUGCUGUUUUCUGUAUGCAGCUGGUUUGGAGGAAACAAAAGAUUUAUCCGGUCCCCCUGUAAAAAUCUUUGUGACUGAUGAUGAUGAUUUGAUCUUCAUCCAAUGUUGUUCAGGGGUGAAAUUUUAUUUUUCUAAUAUCUUUCCUACUGUAAAAACUGUUGGAGUGUAUGGGAUGGAAAAGAUCUUUACAAAAUGGUCUGAUACAAAUCCGGGCAUUGCUUAUACCAUCAACUAAUGAUCAGCUGAGCUCCAUUUCCAGACCUUUUCCAUCAUGUACCUUCCCUUGAAAACACCCAGGUACUUUUUCUUUUCGAUAUGGGCUUGUUAGGCGUGUUCUGAGACCUUGCAGAGACUUUCAGUGAUUUUGCUUUUCUGAAUUCUAAGAAUUUGGAUUCUGGAGUCUGGUUGCAGUUCUGCAGUCUGAGUAGUUUGUUAGAUAUGACAAAUACUGCGUGCAUAUCUAUGUGAUGGGAUAAUUAGAACUGAUAAAACGAGUCGCUGGUUUCUGAAGGUCAUCAUACCUUUUUACAUAAAAUCAUAGAAUGCUCGAGGUUGGAAAGGACCUUAAAGAUCCUUCAGUUCCAACCCUCCUUCCUUCCACUAGACUAGGUUGCUCAAAGCCUCAUCCAGUCAGGCCGUGGACAUCUCUCCAGGGAUGGGACACCCACAUUUGUAUCUAAGAUGUGAAUCUUAGACAUGAAAUUGUGAUAAUUUGGAAAAAAAACUCACUGCUGGCCUGGGUAGGCCAGAUUCACUGAAUUUUAGGCUGUCUGCUCAGGGAGCAAAUUUGGCCUCUACAUAUCUUAUUCCCACUCCUUCUUGGGUGGUGGGAACAUCUAUAAAACACUGCUGAACUGACUGGGUUCCUUAAAGCAGGGCAGCUGGCAUCAAGGGCUUGGGUUGCCUAUGGAUGCUGCUAUAUUUUUUUCUUCCAAGCGCCAUUCCUGGAAAUAACUAUGGUCUUAACCUCUCUCACAGACAUUUGUUAGGAGGCUAGAAAGGGCCAAUUUGUCCAAUAUUUUUCUUUUUAAACAUCCAGAAAUUAUCAUCACUGUGUCCUGUGGCAGGAGUAAGGGACAGAGUACCUUUGGAUGGAGAGGGUGAGGAGGACAAUUUUGAGUCCUAAACCUGGUUUCCUGUGAAGAAAAUACUGUUUGUCUUGUGUGUAUACUUGUUUGGGCAGCUCUAACACUGUACAGUUUAGUUAAAUGCGCUCCAAGGGAGGAGAAGCUGUUCCUCAGAUGUUUUUAGUUCAUGCUUUGUGUUUAAAGAGGAAUAUUUUUCUUUAAAAAAUAAAAACUGGUAAGUUUUCACCU